AUGCUCAACAAAAAUAAGGAUAACGAGCACAACCAGCACCAGAUCCACCAUAUUCAGGCCCAAUCUCCCACAUCCACACCCACAACCUACUCUGCAAUGUCUUCCUGCCCAAUUUUGCACUUGAAAUCCUACCUAGCUCUUGCUUACCUCUCUUCCACCGCCAGCAUCACAAACCUAUCCAGUCUACUACAAUUACUAUCCACUCAAAUAUCUCAAAACGACGAUGAAUUUAUAAAUCUACAUCAAGUCUUGUCUUUAAUGUUGGUAUUAAUCCCUUCAACAACUCAUUCGAAGGAUUUUCUUUUUAUAUAUGAUUUUUUAUCCAAUCUAAACACCAAUACAAUUUACGCUUCAAACUCUAAUUCUAUUAAUAUUAACGAUAUUAAUAAUAAUAAUAAUAAUAAUAAUAAUAAUAGUAAUAAUAAUAAUAAUAAUAAUAAUAAUAAUAAUAAUGAUAAUGAUAAUAAUAGUGAUAAUGAUAAUGAAAUCACCAACCAAAAAAUUGAACCCUUCUUGAACAACUUGAUUAAUAACAACAAUUUUCUUUCAACUUCUUUAUCCAUAUCAAAUUACAAAAUUUUACUAAACAGAUCCUUUUCUUUAAAAAAUUUCAUAUCAAUCUCUUUAAAAAAUCUUGAUUUCAAUCUCAAUAAUCUCAAUAACUCAAAUCGUUAUAAAGACAUCUUUUCAAACUUUCUUAAAGCAAAAAUAUUGAAAAACUCAUUAUUUCUUAAAAAUGACUUGUACUAUAACUCCUAUUUUUUCAACUACUUGAACCACUCUGAUAAAAAUUGGUUAGAUGGAAUCCUAAUCCCCUUUAACUACUUUAUUAAAUACAACUCAAAUGAUCCUAAUAACAACAAAAUUAUUAAAUCCAACGACAUCUCACUAGUACACUUUAAUAAAUUGGAUAAUAAAUCAAAAUUAUUCACUCUAUUAUCAAACUUAACCCUCUCAAAUUUUAACCAAAUAUUAAACUCAUCAAUACUACCUUUCUUGAAUUACAUCAAUGAUUACGAUUUACUCUUAUCCUAUAUAAACAAUGAAUUUCAACCUCAAUCACUUUCUCAUAUAAAUACCACUCAUUUAUCGCUUUUACAAAACUUUACCUCAUAUUUUUUGUCCAAAAAUAACAGCAUCAACAUAAUCAACAUAAAAAUCAUAUUCGAAAAAAUCCCCCUAUCUUUUAAAAAAAACUUGAUUAUCCACCUUAUUUCAAUCUUAAAUAACUCUAAUUUUAACCUACAAAACCAAAAAAAUUUAUUAAUAAUUAAUAAUAUUGCAAACUUGAUAUCAACUUUUAUCAACGAUAACAUUGCAAUUCUAGAUAAUAACUCUUCCAAUUCUGCUCUAUCAAAUCAAAUUUUAAACUCCUUAAAGUUAAAUAUUAAAAAUUUAUCAAUCUUCCAAAAUUUGUAUCAUUUGGAUAUCAACAUUUAUAAAAUUUACUCCUUAUCAUCAGAAAAUUUAAAUAAUAAAUUUAUUUAUUUACUAGAUUUAUUUCAAAACUUUAGCUCUUUUUAUACCAAUUCAAUAACCGAUUACGAUUUGUUUAUCGAUAAUGUUUAUUGGCUAAUCAAUAAUAGUAUCAUAUUCAAUAACCACGCUAAUAAUGACAAUAACCAUGCUAAUAAUAUUAACCAUAUUUUAUCGAUAAUUGAUAUAAAUAGUAUUGAAUCAAUACCAAACGCUAUGCAAUCAAAUAACAUAUCCGUAUCUUCAAUCAAUGAAUUAUCUUUCUUGUUUGAUUUAAUCAUUUUUAAUAAGCUAUUGAAUUUAAAUUCCUUCGAUCUAAUUAAAAAUAAACUAUUUAAAUUCAUCAAUAUUUAUGAUAAUAAAAACGAAAAUAUAAAUUUAAUAAAUAAAUUCAAAUUAUUAAUUAUUGAAAAAUUUAAAUUUUAUUAUAACAGCGCUAAAAGUUUUAAUAUGAACUUGGAUCCAAAUUUAUUAAAUUGCUUUAAUUGUUUGAAUUUAUUUGAAAACAAUUAUUCAAAUUUAAUUAAUUUGCAUGAUUAUAAUGAAAUAACUAAAUUAAGAAAGUUAUACAAUGAUAAUGAUAAUUCAAAUACAGACUUGGAUUUAGAUUAUUCUUUAUUUAAAUUACAAAACUUGCUAAUUGCAACAGAUAAUUUAUCCAAUUUCAAUUGUAACUUCAAAUUUAAAUCAUUAAAUCUUCAAAUUGAUAAUGAAUCUCAGAAUCAAAAUCAAAAUCAGAAUCAGAAUGACAUUUAUUUUAAGCCUGUUAAUUUAAGUCAAGUGAAUAAUCCAAUUUUAAUUAUUGAAAAAUUAUUAGAACUAAACAUUAAAUCAUAUUUAAAGUAUAAUGAAAUUUAUUCAAUUUGUUUUAAAUUAUGCAUCGGUUUAAACUUGGAGGAGUUGAUAAUUGAUAGCAACUACUUGAAAAAUGAAAAUGAUAAGAAGUUUUAUGGAGAUUUUGAAUUUUUAAAGUAUUUUGACGAAUAUGAUGAAGGUGAAGCUUAUAACAUAAAUAUUGAUUAUGAUGAUAAUGAUGAUGGUGAUGAUGAUAAUGAUGAUGGUGAUGAUGAUGAUGAUGAUGAUGAUGAAGAAAAGGAGGAAGAACAUGAUAAGACUUUUAUUGAUUAUGAUAAUCAAGACAAGAAAUUACUGUUGGUUGAUAAAAUCAAAGCAAUGUGUAUCGAGUCAUCGUUAGUUGAUAAUAAUUUCAAGUUUGCGGUUGAAUUAAGUAAUGAGUUAUUGAGCAAGUCAUCAAAUUCGUUAAAAACGAUUUGGACGACAAUUUUCCAAGUUUGUAAAUAUGAGACAAACGAAAGUAUUAAUUUAAUUUAUGAUAGUAGUGAAAUGGUUGAAAGAUUGAAAAAUAUUGAGGAUAUUAAUGAAUUUAAUGAAUUUUUGAAGGAAAAAUUGGAAUUAAUUUCGAGAUUAAUUUUGAUUGUGCCAAUAAAUAAUUAUAGUGUUGUAUUGAGCUAUUAUAAUAAUUUGAAAAGCGCAUUGAACUCGUUGAAUUCGUUUGAGCAUAAUGUGUAUAUUGAGGAGAGUUUGAAACAUGCGAGAGUGGUUGAAAAGGUUUAUAAUGAAAGGAAAAAGUUCCAUAAUAACUAUAAUAGCAAUUAUAACAACUAUAAUAAUUUGAUCAAUAGUGGCAGUGGGUAUAACAAUGGAUAUAGUGGAUAUGAUAAUGGGAUGAGCAUUAAUGUUGUGGAUGUUGAUGAGAAUAACAGCUCUACAUCAUCAGUAGGGGUAUUAAAAUUGCAGAAGAGCAGUUCUGAGAUGAGUAAAGUAAGUAAAAUGCCAUUGGGUAAUAGAGGUGGAUUUGGCAACCGAAGCCCACCGAAUAGAAGAUUGGACAGUACCCUAGUGAGGGCCUUAGCAUCUUCAGCCAGCGAGGUAUUUGGGAAUAAGAAUAGCUCGAGUGGGUAUAACUACCAGGAUAACAAUGGAUAUAGCGAAGGUGGAGGUGGUAAUAAUGGAGGGAGUUUUCGACCCGAGGAGCAAAUAACGAAUUUUUUUGUUUCUGGGUUGGGCAAGUUAGUAGGAGCAACACCUCCUCGUCGACAGUGA